GAGCGGGGCUGGGGCCGAGCGGAGCUCACCGGGGUGCGGAGCCGAGCGGGGCUGGGGCCGAGCGGAGCUCACCGGGGUGCGGAGCCGCGCAACACCGGAGCGAAGUGGAGCUUAUUGGGGUGCUGAGCCUUGCUGAACUGGAGCUGAUCGGGGUGCUGAGCCGUGCUGAACCGUGCGGAACUAGAGCUGAUGGAGGUGCUGAGCUGUGCGGCGCCAGAACUCACUUAAUUAAGGAUUCAAGAGCAGCCUGAGGUGCUGAGCUCUGCUGAGCCGCACAGGGUCGGAGCUGACUGGGAGCAGAGCUGUGCUGUACUGGAGCUGACUGGGAGCAGAGCUGUGCUGUACUGGAGCUGACUGGGAGCAGAGCUGUGCUGUACUGGAGCUGACUGGGAGCUGAGCUGUGCUGUACUGGAGCUGACUGGGAGCAGAGCUGUGCUGUACUGGAGCUGACUGGGAGCUGAGCUGUGCUGUACUGGAGCUGACUGGGAGCUGAGCUGUGCUGUACUGGAGCUGACUGGGAGCUGAGCUGUGCUGUACUGGAGCUGACUGGGGAGCUGAGCUGUGCUGUACUGGAGCUGACUGGGGAGCUGAGCUGUGCUGUACUGGAGCUGACUGGGAGCUGAGCUGUGCUGUACUGGAGCUGACUGGGGAGCUGAGCUGUGCUGUACUGGAGCUGACUGGGGAACUGAGCCAUGCAGGGCUGUAUCUCUCUUAGGUGCUGAGCCACACCAAACUGUGCUCAGCCUUGUGGCACUGGAGCUGACUCAGGAGCUGAACUGGAGCUUACUGGGGAGCUGAGCCAUCCUGGAUUGGAGCUUACUGGGGAGCUGAGCCAUCCUGGACUGGAGCUUGCUAGGGAACUAAGCCAUCAUGAACUGGAGCUUACUGGGGAGCUGAGCCAUCCUGAACUGGAGCUAAUUGAGGAGCUGAACCGUCCUGAACUGGGGCUUACUGGGAAACUAAGCCAUCGUGAACUGGAGCUUACUGGGAAACUAAGCCAUCCUGAACUGGAGCUGAUUGAGGAGCUGAGCCAUCGUGAACUGGAGCUUACUGGGAAACUAAGCCAUCCUGAACUGGAGCUGAUUGAGGAGCUGAGCCAUCCUGAACUGGAGCUUACUGGGAAACUAAGCCAUCGUGAACUGGAGCUUACUGGGGAGCUAAGCCAUCCUGAACUGGAGCUGAUCGAGGAGCUGAGCCAUCGUGAACUGGAGCUUGCUGGGGAGCUGAGCCAUCCUGAACUGGAGCUGACUGAGGAGCUGAGCCAUCCUGAGGCGGAGCUUGCUGGGGAGCUGAGCCCUGCCGAGCCCUGCUGAGCCGGAGCUGCCUGGGCGCUGGCAGGAGCUGCCCGCGGUGCGGCGCUGAGCCAGCCGGAGCCGUGCGCGGUGCUGCUCCAGGAGCUGAGGCGCAGCCCCGCAGGCAGUACCAUGGUGUUCGCUCCGGGUGAGAAGCCGGGGCUGGAGCAGGAGGAGGUGCGGCUGCAGAACGCCAGCAAGCAGAUCGUGCAGACUGCCAUCCUGCGGGCACUGCAGCAAGUCUCCCGGGAGAGCCAGCAGAAGGGGGCACACCUCCACCUGGAGAGAGGAAAGCUAACCAAGAAGCAUGAGAAGAACCUCAGCCAUUCCUGUCCAUUUCCCUGCCACGGGAGGAAGAGGAGCAGAGGUGCUGGCAUGCAGCUCUCCCUGCAGCUCUGGGGGGGUCUUUACUUCCCAGGAAGUGAAGAAAAGUGGCUUAAAAGAGACAAUAAACGACACAAGCUGAGAGUGGAGUGAAUGAGUGUCCUGGAGCAUGGGAACGCACUGCGAGUGAGCUGGCGCCCAGGUGGUGGCCAGGAGCGGAGCAGCCCUUGCACCUGGCACACAGCUUCAGCUGAAACAGCGCUGCUUGGAGCUGCUAAUGCAGAAUUCCAGAAGCCCAGGCUGGUGCAGGCUGGAAGGCAUCUCCAGAGGAGCAGCUCAGGGAAUUGCAGAACCAGAGGGAGCAGUUAACUGCUGCUGAAAAUGGCCACAGGUGCUUCCAGAGCCUCUGGUUUGUGCCAUGGGGAGGCACAGCUUGUGAUGGCCACGGCCAGGGACCGGCCCUGGCACAGCCACACCUGGGGUUAGGGCUUCAGUCUGGGGGCACUCACUCCAGAGAGGGCAGGGAGGGGAUGGAGAGAGUUCAGAGAAGGGCUGCAAAGCUGGGGAAGACAUGGGGCCAUUUAGCCUGCACAGGAGCAGCCCCAGAGGGGACCUCAGCAAUGCUCAGCCAGAGCUGAAGGAGCUGUGGGGGGCAAGAGGCUGGGGCCAGGCUCUGCUCACUGGUGCCCAGGGACAGGCCAAGGGGCACACAGUGGAAGCCAGGAGGUGGCAGCUGAAGAGCAGGAGAAAGUUGUUUGGUGUGAGGGUGCUGGAGGGCUGGAGCAGGCUGCCCAGAGAGGUUGUGCAGUCUGCUUGUGUUGGAGAGCUUCCAGCCCCAGCUGGGCACUGUGCUGCUGGGCAGCUGCUGUGGGUGCCCUGCUGGGGCAGGGCUAGGCUGGGGGAGCUGCAGAGGUCCCUUCCCACUCCCCAUGCUGGGAUACUGUGCAGAGCUUUUCCAUCUUCAUCUAUAAAGAAUGAGGUGGUUGGCUGCAGAGGAUUUCAAACCCAGGCAGACCCCAAGAGCCUCUUGAAGAGCUGCUGAGGUCAAGCCCAUCAAGUUUCAGAGCUCUAUAAAUAUCUCCAGGAGCAAAAAGAAGUCCAGCAGGGAGCAGGAGCCUGCAAAGCCAUCAAUAAUGCACCAGGCACUAUUUUUAGCCCCUCCAUUAUCUCCUGCCUCUCAUCUGACAAUUAAAAAUCAUUGCUGAGCUUUUAGGACACAUCCUGAACCAAAUUUGUCCCUGGCAGCCCUCCCAUCUGCUCUGGAAUGAAGGAGGUUAGAACUGGGUUAGUUCUAGGUGGGGAUGAAUGAUGGAGGAGCUGCUGGCAUGGAGGUGGCAAUGAAACCUGCACCUCUCUGGCUGCCUGGGCAGCAAACUGGGAGAUGUUUGGAAAGGAGGAAAAUUCUUCUACAAGCCUUGAGGUUUUAGGCAGAAUGAUCCAGUUCUGUACCAAAAUGAAGGGGCAGUGUUGGGCUGCUGGACAGGAGCAGGCUCUGCAGAGGGGCCCGGGCUGGAUCCAUGGGGCAAAGCCAUGGGAUGAGAUUCAACAAGGCCAACAGCUGAGUCCUGCCCUUGGGUCACAACAGCCCCAGGAGAGCUCCAGGUUGGGGGCAGAGUGGCUGGGAAGUGCCCAGUGGAAAAGAACCUGGGGGUGCUGGGUGACAUCAACUGGAGAUGAGCCAGGCUGUGCCCAGGGGGCCAAGAAGGGCACCAGCAGCCUGGCCUGGAGCAGCAAUGCUGUGGGCAGCAGGAGCUGGGCAGGGAUUGUGCCCCUGAACUGGGCACUGCUGAGACCGCACCUGGAGUGUUUGGGUCAGUUUGGGGCCCUCACUGCCAGAAGGACACUGAGGGGCUGGAGCAGGGCCAGAGAAGGGCAACAGAGCUGGGGCAGGGUCUGGAGAACAGGGCUGGGGAGGAGCAGCUUAGGGGGCUGGGGGUGGUGGUGUACAGUGUGGAGAAGAGGAGGCUGAGGGAGGUCUCUCUGCUGUCUGCAGCUCCCUGAGAGGAGGCUGCAGCCAGCUGGAGUUGGGCUCUGCUGCCAGGCAGCCAGCAGCAGAAGAAGGGGACACAGCCUCAAGCUGUGCCAGGGCAGGUCCAGGCUGGCUGUUAGGAGGAAGCUGUUGGCAGAGAGAGUGAUUGGCAUUGGAAUGGGCUGCCCAGGGAGGUGGUGGAGUCUCUGUGCCUGCAGGUGUUGGAGCCAAGCCUGGCUGGGGCACUGAGUGCCAUGGUCUGGUUGGUUGGGCAGGGCUGGGUGAGAGAUUGGGCUGGAUGAGCUCGGAGCUCUCUGCCAACCUGCCCGAUUCUAUGAGUCUAUGAUCAGUUUUUGUCUCUUCCCCCAGCCAAAACCAUUUUCUGACUUUUGAGUUUCUCCUCUGAGAAAAAGGUGGAGACAAUUUUAGGAAAAGAAACCAGAGCAAGACUAAUAUAUUUAGAAAAGAAAUAGGGAUGCAGAUCCCACCUGGGACCUACUCAUCUUUAUAGCCAUGAGCACAUCCAGCCAGACAUUUUAACAAUGACCAUUCAUCAUCAUCAUCAUCAUCAUCAUCAUCAUCAUCAACGUUCCUCCAAUAAAAAUGCAAUGAGUAAAAACA